UCACAUAAUAACCACAAACAAAUGAUCACCAUCUAUCCAUAACAAUUUUGUAUACACACAAACACAAUGCUUCUUCAUGGCAACUUCACCCUUCCAUUCCGAUCACCUAUUCGCUUUACGCCUCAAACCACCCACCACAACAUUCGUAAACUCUCAUUCGCGACAGCCCAAUACGCCAUCUCAGAUGAAGAGCUAGAAUCGCGAGGAUUCAUUCUACGUCGUACAAUAGACAACCUAGACUUGGACCACUUGAACAAUGUAUUCGUUGCGGUUGGUUUCCCAAAACGAGACAAUGACAAAAUAAAGGUGGCAUUGGAACACACGGACUCAUUGUUGUGGGUCGAAUAUGAGACAACAAAGAGACCGGUUGCAUUUGCUAGAGCUACUGGUGAUGGUGUGUUUAAUGCCAUUAUUUGGGAUGUGGUUGUAGACCCUACAUUUCAAGGGAUUGGGUUAGGCAAGGCUGUAAUUGAGAGAGUUGUGGAUGAAUUGUUAGAGAAGGGGAUCACGAAUAUUGCUUUGUAUUCGGAGCCUCGAGUGUUGGGAUUCUAUAGACCACUUGGGUUUGUUUCGGAUCCUGAUGGGAUCCGUGGUAUGGUGUAUUCAAGAAAGAAUAAGAAAAAAUAGUUACAGGAAAGCUUUAACGAUUGGCCACAAGAAGUUUUUAUGGUUACUUUUUUUUUUCAUAUUGAUUUAAUAAAUGGCAUGUUAUCAUGGAGUAUUUGUAUGUUGAUAUGAUCAAAAAUAAAUUCAUUGUA